GUGUUUGGUGGGUCAAGUCUCUGGUCUCUAGAACCAUAAGGAGAGCCCCAGAUGUCAGCUCCAAGGGAAGGGGUGCAUGACACACGCUUCCUUCAAUUUUCUUCUUUUCUUUUUGUUUUGUUUGUUUAUAAACAUGUCAUCCACCAAUUCUGAGCUCCGGUAUUAGCCACAACAAUAUGCUUGAUUCCGACCGGUAUUUUCUUCACUCUCCCGGCGGCUGCUCGGCCGGAGGACAUGAAAUAGCGGCUGCAGAGGCUAAUCUUUCCUGUGUCUCAACAGGGCACGGGGUUGGUUUCCAGAUGAUCCCUUUCUCCAGUGGGGAUCCUCGAAUCCCUCUUUUCAAUCUCUCCUUGCUUCGCCAGAAGAUGGACUCGCUUCAAGAAUUCCUAUCUGAUUCGGUCAAACGGAACACCUUUAUUGGGAAGAAUAAGAUGGAUAUGGUUUCCACCGAGAUCUCCUCUGCCAUUCAGCACGUCAUUGUAAACGGCGCGGCUUUACUCGCCUGUUACCAGCACCAGCCGCCUGACCACAAUCUUGCUUCUUCUCAAGUACUAGAACCCUCGGGUGUUCGCCCGAUGGCCGGAAGAGUUCCAUUCCAGCCGGAUCCCUUGGCUCCGGGGAGUUCUCUUGCCACCUCCUCAAAAGCAUCUGAUUCGAGCUACUUGAUCGCUGGAAAGGUUCAUCCCAAGACCCAGCCCAUUACCGUAGAAACGAUGAAAGGUUCGAGGUCCAAUUUGACCCCGGGAACGCUACCCACUAAUCCUGAUCUUGAAACCCCGAUGACGAUUUCUUUGGGUUCGGAAGAGAUGACAAGUACAAAAUUUUCGCCGGCGAUCUCCGACGAGGGGAUCAAAACUGAGAUCGAUGAUGAAGGAGGUGAAAUUGUCGAAAUAGAUGCGGUGGAACUACUGGCGGAGCACAUCCACAUCUGUGAUAUCUGCGGUAAGGGAUUCAAACGAGAUGCCAAUCUUCGUAUGCACAUGCGCGCUCACGGUGAUCAGUUCAAGACGCCGGAGGCCCUGGCAAAGCCCGACAGAUUGGCCGGAGUAAAACGGAAGAUACGUUUCUCUUGCCCCUUCGUGGGCUGCAACCGGAACAAAUCUCACAAGAAAUUCCGACCCUUGAAGUCGGCCAUCUGCGUGAAGAAUCAUUUCAAAAGAAGCCAUUGCCCAAAGAUGUAUUCCUGCAACCGCUGCAAUAAGAAGAGCUUUUCCGUCGUGGCCGAUCUCAAGAGCCACCUGAAGCACUGCGGCGAGCCCAAGUGGCGUUGCACGUGUGGCACGAGCUUCUCUAGAAAGGAUAAGCUCUUCGGGCAUAUGGCACUGUUUGAAGGUCACAUGCCCGCUGUUGUUGCAGAAGCGUACGAGGAAUCGAAGGAGGCAGUAGUAAUGGAUGAUGACGAAGAUUUAGAAGAUGCCGAGGAGGAAGGAGAAGAAUAUGAAGAAACCCAAUUGAGAGAAGGCGAUGCUGCAGCUAGUUGCUCGGGGUAUGAUUUAUUCGAGGAUCUGUUAGAUGGGUUUGUGCCUACCGACGAUGAUAGUUUCAAAGAUGUUCUAGGAUCUCCUAGUUUAGUUGCAGGAAUGGAUGAUAUAUUUCAAAUUUAACAUUCAGUAACAUAUCCCUUCCGACUCCUCAGUUCUCUGUUUUUGUAGUAUAUCCUUUCCAAUAAUGUAAAAAGAAGAUAAUUAUUAUUCCUAUUAAUUUCUGUUGGCAAUCUCUUUUA